AUGAAAGACGUUGAAUUUGCGGAGGUGAAAAUAAGUCUAUCUAUCUAUCUAUCUAUCUAUCUAUCUAUCUAUCUCAGAAUGUUCAUACCGGUUUUUCCCAUUAAUGCCAGCCUAUUUAUAUCUACACCCUCUCUAUUUAUCUAUCUCCAUAACAGCCCUGAACCAAUUGUUCCGUGUUGUUCUGAUAAUAUCACCCCCGCGGCGACGGGAUAUGACACUAGUUCCAGCCCGGAAGCAUUCUCAUUUUUCGAUCUUUCCCUUUUUCCAUUUCAAUCCCAUCUUUCUGCCACAUUUUUUGUCUUUCUUUCAUCGCCUUUAUUUAUCUUCCCUUCUCUUGUUUUGUUAUUUGUUUUUCCUCUUUUCCUUCUUCCUCUGUUUGAUUUCUUUUUCUUUUUUCCAUUUCUCUCAACCACUUAUUCACUGUUAUUUCAAUACAUUCUCUCUCUCUCUCUCUCUCUCUCUCUCUCUCUCUCAAUCAAUCAAUCAAUCAAUCAAUCAAUCAAUAAUCACAAUAACACAUCUAUCUAUCUAUCUAUCUAUCUAUCUAUCUAUCUAUCUAUCUAUCUAUCUAUCUCUAUUAAUAUUUAUCAAUCUGGUUAUCUAUAUUCGCAUUACUCUCCCUAUAUAUAUAUUUUUUUUUAA